AAGAAGAAACAGAAUACAGAAAACUACGUUGGUGUCCUGGUGCCACGCUUAUUGGUGAAGUCUAAAAUGCACUCUUUGUUGGGUAUAAAUAGGUCAAGUUGUAGUUGUAACAUUGUUGGGUUAUGUCUUCUAACUAAAAAACACAGGAGUCGCAAACUGAACCAAUAAGAGAAAAACCUAGAAAACUGAAUUUGGUCGGGGAAGGGUCUGGGUGCAAAAUUCAUAUACAAAGCAUAAAGUGGUAAGUGGAAGUGAAAGUCUUUUCGAUGGAGAGGAGAGGGCUGAGCCAUGAGGAGUGAGGAUGGGGCAAGGCUAAUAUCAUGUCUUGAAGAUGAAAGUGCCGUCACGGUGGCUAUAAUGUUGUAUUUGAUGUUUUCUGUUCACCAAGCGUUCGUGUAAAUGCUUGCUCCUUUUGGGUAGUACCUGAUGAAGGCAUUUUGCAAUGGACAAAAUAUCGGCUGCUUGUGCCAUGGAAUGGAGCAUCCAGCUCGACAAGGCUCUCCGCUCCAAUAACCCAGCUCGAGCUGUGGAGGCCAUAUUACAGACUGGAUCAAGACUUGAACAGUGGAGACAAGAACCAGAAGCAACUAAGGCAAUAUGCUCCAUCUUUGGUUUGGUCCCUGGCGAGGACAGGCUUUUUGCCAACACAAUACUAUUAAGGCUUGCAGACGCAUUUCAGUCUGGUGAUAAAAACAUCAGGCUAUCUGUUGUCAGAAUUUUCUUGAAAAAUAGUAGGUAUGACAGAAGCAAGAAAAAUAGGAAACGAACGAGAGCAACUUUUCUGAAUGGCAGAGUGUAUAACCAUGCAGAACUUUUGAGGAGAGUAAAGGUUGUUUUUGACACAGGUGAUGUUGAGUCGAGAGCAUUGGCUUUAAUUCUCUUUGGUUGUUGGGCUGAUUUUGCAAAAGAUAGUGCAGAGAUACGUUACUUGGUACUUUCCAGUAUGGUCUCUUCUUAUGUUAUGGAGGUGAAAGCAUCAUUGUUUGCUGCUGGUUGCUUUUGUGAGUUAGCAAAUGACUUUGCAUCUGUUGUCUUGGAGAUGCUGGUGAAUAUGAUGGCUUCCUCAGAAACACUGCCAGCUGUAAGGUUGGCUGGUGCGAAUGUUUUUACUAGAAUGGUUUGCUCAUAUUCAGUUUCAAGUAGAGCUUACAAGACUGGUGUAAAGCUGGUGUCAGAUUCUUCAGAGCAGAAUUUUGUUGUUGCUAUGCUGGUAUCACUCUCAAAACUUGUUUCCAAGUCAACAGGUCUUAUUUCUGAGCAGGUGGACUUGCUUUUAUCAUGUCUUAGCCAGGAAAAUCCUGGGCAGUUGAGAGUAACAGCAUUAAGGUGCUUACAUCUUAUUUUUGUAAAAGAAGGGUGUUGCUCUCCUGUUAAUGUGCAUGUGAUCAAAACAUUAUUCACCAUAGCAGAUGAACCUGAACUGCCAUCAGUCAUGCAAUGUGGAGCUCUGCAGAUUUUACAUAAGAUCCUUUUGUAUACACUACCUAUUCUCCCUUCUUUCAAGAUGCUUGAAUUUGCUCAGCUGUUAGCCAUUCUAGAAAAUGCUUCCCAGUCCCCAAUCAUGUCCAAGAGCCUUGCAGCUCUUUGUGUUCUGACAGAUGUGUCAACCAAACUUUGGGCAAAAUCGGAAAGUGAAUCUUUUGUUGUUUGUUCCUCACCUUUGCCAUCACGGGUCAUCUCAUUAAUUAUGGAGCGGCUUAGCUCACUGAUAAAAGCAUUACCUGACACUUGUCAGACCAACUCCAGAAUAUGUCAAGAAGUUAAAAGCCUGCUAAAUCUUAUGCUUCAGCUGGUUGGAGAACAUCCAGAUUUGGGUGCAAUGGUGCUGGAUGAAAUGAGUUCUUUUAUUGAAUAUUUCGUGAAUCUCAAGGAAAAUUUCAUGGCUAUUAGACAAAUUGAUACCUCUGAGAUUAUGGACUCUGAAGGAGAAAAAUGGAAAGUCUUCAGGUCCAAGCUUUUAUCUAUUAUACACACAUUUGUGGCUGCCUGUCUUCAAAAUCUCAAUGAAGCUGGUGCAAUCACUACCAAUGUCUUUGACAAAUUAAAGCUUCUGGUGGAGCUUCUACAUCAUGGCAGGGUGUUUGAUUGCUAUACACGUACCAUUUACUCUUUACUGUUGCAUUCUCAUCUUUUUGGAAAAAUUGAUAUUUUUCUUAUCAAGCAUCCAUUUAAGCAUGAACUUGCUACCCUUGAACAUGCCAGCAAGAUGUUGUCAGAGAGGGAUAAUUGGCAUGCCUAUAAAGCUGGAAUAUAUGCAGCAUGUCAGGGAGCAUGGAUCAUAGCAACUUUUAUUUUUGCACAGCUAAUGACAAGAGUUCAAUCUGAUUCUUGUUAUUGCUGGCUUAAAUUGUUAGUUCAGUUUUCCUAUUCUGAAGCUAAAGUCCAGCUUAGUCUCUUGCCAAAGCGACAAUCCAUCUUAGUAGGUUCACUGGAUAUGAAUGAACUCCUGGCUCCUUUCAAAGAUAAUUUAGGAGAAGUUGGACAAGAUGCUGAAGGGAAUAACAAUGAGCCUAAUUAUAGGGAUGUGCUUGUUGCAGCAUACCACAAUCUAAGUUCUUUGCUCGAAACAUUAGAAACAGUUGUCAUUUCUGGAAAAAAAUUCUGUUUUCAGAGAUGGUUCUUCACUCUCAGAGCAAAGUUUCUUGCGGCUGCUGGGGAGAUUCUUGAAGUUUUGGACACAUCUAAGGAGAAAAAUGUUAGCAAUUUUAUUGAGGUUCAGAACGGAGCUUUGGCCAGCCUCGUAUGUCUACAAAAGACCACUGAAUUAUCUUUCCGAUUGAAGAGAAUAGCAAAGGAAUUGGAUCUGAUAAGCUCAUCUUUUGUUGGUAUAGAUGUUGAGAGCUCUAAAAUCAUUGCAACACUUGCACUUAAUUGUUCGUUAUUGGCCUUUACUGCCGGAUUCCCACUAUUCUUUCCAAAUCUUCCUGCUUAUAAAAAUUUAAGAAUUUGUGAUCAUGAGGAUUCAAAGCAGAAUUAUUUAAGUUCAAUGCUACUGCAAGAUUUGCUUGGGCGUUUGUUGCACAUUGACAAUGAGAUCAGCAUGUAUCUCUGUCGACUUUUAGAUAAUGGAGGACAUCCCAAAAAAUGUUUUCACCUGCAGUCCAGAAAUCAAAUAUUGAAAAGUGGGCAUGAAGUAAGGGAUAUACUCAAUAUUAUAAGGUAUGCUGUUUCCACUGUGGUUCGUUUGCAAAGUGAGACAAACAGGAUGCAAAAUGAGGUGAGCAUAUCCCAUGUUACAAAGACUGGGAUAGAGCUACUGUUAGACAUUAUUAAGAAAUGGCUUCAAAUCCCGUUUCAGGUCCCAAAGCAUUUCUUUAAGAUAAGGCCUUUAAUUGGUUCAGAGCUCUUUGUCUUCAAUACAGACACCAGAAAUCAAAAUGAGAUUAGCGUCUUGCCUGGCUUUCACCUCUCACUAAAUCUCUGCCUUCAACUGAGAAACGCCCCACCUGAAUUCCCACUUCGUUUGACAAAAUUGUACUGCCUUCUUCAUUGUAGAGUGUCCUUUCAGAAGCCGUCCCAUAGUGAAAGAAACUGUGAACAAAUGGAAUGGGAUUGUCAGCCUUGGGAGAGUGAGGACAUGGUAGAAAUGAAUGAGAAGUUAUUUCACUACGUGACAGAGUGUGCAAAGAAGACUAGUUACGGUAAGUGUGUCAGGGAUGAUGAUAUCAAUGGUGACCAGGUUGUGAAUGGAUUUGUGUGUUUUGAACCAAAUGCUAAAGGGCAAGGAUUUUCAAAUUGUGUACUUGAUGUCUCUCAUUUUCCAGUGGGUUCUUAUAGAAUCAAAUGGUAUAGCUGUUGUAUUGACAAUCAAGGUUCUUAUUGGAGUAUUCUGCCAUUGAACUUUGGACCUGUAUUUACUGUACAGCAGUCUCAUGUGAUCUGAUAUUGUGCAUGGUCGACUGAGUGAAAAUGUGAUGUUUCUUCUUGGUGUUAUUAACUUAUAGGGUUAUUAUGUCAAAUUUUUUACUGCUAUAUGUUUUAGAACUGUUAAAUUA